AUGAAUGAGAAUCUCAUAGUGGUAAAGAGGAUGAAAGAAGUGCUAACGCUGAAUAAGCCGCGUUAUGUGGGAAUGAGCAUCUUAGACUUAUCCAAGACUCUGAUGUACGAUUUCCACUACAACACCAUUAAGAAGGAGUACGGUAAUUGUUCGAGGUUACUGUUCACCGAUACUGACAGUCUGAUGUAUGAACUGAAGACGGAUGAUGUCUAUGAGGACUUGAGGAGGAUCGGUGAAGAGCAAGACUGCUGGGAUAAUUCAGAUUACCCAAAAGAUAGCCCUUACUACUCAACCCACAACAAGAAGGUUAUAGGUAAGUUUAAGGAUGAAGCUGGAGGAGUACCCAUAAAUGAGUUUGUUGGGUUGAGGUCAAAGAUGUACUCCUCUGUCAAGGAAAACGAUGGGGGUGGAAUGACAGCUAAAGGGGUUAAGAAGUAUGUCAUCAGAAACAAGCUCACCCAUGAGAACUUCAAGAAUGUAAUCAACACGAAGGGUAGGAUGAGACACAACAUGAAUACAAUCAGGAGCACAAAGCAUACAAUUGGAACUUAUGAAAUGAGGAAGGUUACUCUGAGUUGCUUUGAUGAUAAAAGGUAUCUUUUGGAGGAUGGAGUUACCAGUUAUGCUUAUGGUAACAAGAAUAUAAAAAAUAGUGACUGAGAAGUUCCCACAGAGUAGAAAGUAAUAAUCCCAAAGGGUAAAUAAGUAGGUAGGCCCCCCUGCCUUAUGUACCCCCAAGGAGAAAAUAAAAGUUGUCGAAAAGGCUCUAG